CAAUGCACCUUUUCUUUUUUUUCUUUGAAAUUUCCUAGAAAGUGGAAUGCUUGAAGCAGAAUUGGAUAUCCGUUUUAAUAAUUGUAACAACAAUUUCCGGAUUCGCUCUUGGCCUGGUUUUCCGUCAGUUUAACUUAAACGAGCAAGAAAAGCAAUUAAUCGGUUUUCCGGGAAUGUUAGUGAUUAGAGCUUUUCGCAUGAUCAUUUUGCCCAUGCUUCCUUGCAGUAUUAUUUUAGGUAUCACUUCUUUGGGUAAAUCGGAAAAUAGAAAAUUAAUUUCUUACACCGUUUUGUUCAUCGUUUUACUCUCGCUCUUUGCUAGUAUUUUGGGAUUAACUUUAGCUCAUCUUCUUAAGCCCGGAGAAAAAGCUCUGGAUAAACCAAAAAGUCGAGUGGAAGAUGCUGGAAAGAAAAGUCAGAUCUUAGAUUCCUUCUUGGAUAUGCUGAGAAAUGCCAUCCCUGACAAUAUUAUCAAAGCUACUUUUUCUCAGGAAUAUACAGCCACAACCGAGUUAGUUUCAAAUGGCAUAAAUUCUUCAUCUACAAACAGGAGCAUUUCUACCAGUAAAAGUCUUCAAGUGAAAGAACAAACAAAUUUUAUCGGUUUAUUGAUUGUGUCUUUAAUAAUGGGACUGGCAAUGGCCUCGCUUAAAGACGAAGUGGCCCAAUUCAGAUCUAUAGUUGAACAGUUUAAAUCAAUUAUAAUGAAGAUAGUACACUAUUUUGUCAAAAUUCUUCCAAUUGGAAUGUUUUUCUUGAUGUUUCAAGAAGGACUGAAGACAGAAUCAGUUUUGAAUUUAAUAUACCAAUUAGGAUGGCUUAUAUUAACUGAAAUCAUGGGUUUAGUCAUUCAUCAAUUUAUUUUCUUACCCUUUCUAUAUAUUCUAAUAGUGAGGCGGAAUCCAUUUUUAUUCAUCUCCAGCAUUCUUCCAGUUUUCUUGACAUCAUUUGGUACUGCUUCUAGUUUAGCCACAUUUCCCAUUACUCUUCGUUGUAUGGAAGAAGAUAACAAAUUGAAUCGAAAUAUCUCUAGAUUUAUCCUUCCUUUAGGAAUGGUUGUAAACAUGCAGGGCGUGUGCAUCGACCUAACAAUCGUGACAAUAUUUCUUGCACAAAUAGAAGGUGUUUCAGUUAAUGGCGUCAGUUCUUUGGUGCUUUGUUUGACGGUAGUAUUGUUAGCUAUUGCAUCUCCAGCCAUGCCAGCAACGGGGAGCCCUGUAUUUAUUUUAACAUGUCUAGCAGUAGUUAACGUGGAAUCUACAAGCGAUCUCUCAUUAAUAUUAUCAAUAUUUUGGAUUACGGAUCGAUUAUCAACAAUUGGUAACGCGGUAGGCGACUGCUACGUUGCAGCAUUCGUAUCAAAAUUAUGCGAUGAUAAAAAUGUUCCUAUUACCUCUGUAAUAGUAGAAAAUAAUAAUCUACCUCCCAAAGAUGAAGAAGAAAUGCAAAAUGUAAAAUUAUAAAAUAAUAA